UGAAUGAUGAUCUCAUUCCAGCAAGUAGCCUCAGAACCGUAUGCUGUUUAAACAAACGAUCAAACUAUUAAUAGAGCAUCUGAGUAGUGCGCGGCCGGAUGCCGCUAUCAGCCGGCGCGAAGCUUCCGCCCCACUCCGCUCGCCGCUCACACAUCCGAGUGUACAAAGCAUACGCUAACUUGCUGUCUACAGCCCCUAUUUAAAGUAUAUAUUUAAAAUCUCAGAAUAUAGCCAACACCGCAGAUCACUGAACGAACUUCCGGAUACGGCGAUCCCUUGCUAUCACGCAGUGUCCGCAUCUGAUUGUAUAAAGUAUAGUGAUGUCGGUGCGGCGGCGCGUGACGGGCGCGCUGCGGCGCUGGCGCGCGCUGCUGGCGGGCGGCGCGCUGCUGGCGGCGCUGUGCGUGCGCGUGCCGGCGCGGCUGGACGAGGAGCUGCACUUCCCCGCGCACGCGCCCGCAGACAUCGCGCACCACCUCGCCGACUUCUCCAACCAGCCGGGCAUCACGUCGUGGCGGGUGACGGAGGACCGCAGCAACUACACGACGUGGCAGUACGCGGUGCAGUUCACUUGCGGCGCGCGCUGCGGCGGCACGGCGUGGGUGGUCGCGCACGACGAGCCGGCGCCGGGCGGCCCGCGCCACGGCCGUGCCGCGCGCCGCCACCGCGUGGCGCUGCGGGCGCGCGUCUGCUCCGCGCCGCCGCUGCUGCCCUGGCCGCGCCUCUGCGAGGAGCUGGAAGUGGAGGGCUCGGUGUGGGCGGACGCGGCGGCGGGCGCGCGCCUGCGCCUGCAGUGGCUGCGGCGCUGCGGCGCGCUGGGCUGGCUGCGCGGCGCGUGCGGGCGCGAGCUGCGCGCCGACCGCGACGCGCGCCUAGCCGCGCUCAGCGCCGCGCCGCACGCCGUCCGUCUCUAACCGACUGCUGCAAACUUGCUUUUUAUGCCGCGGCCACACAUUGGGGACAUUUGCACCGACGUAACGCGCCCAAUGCACCAGUGUGUGUAUCGGUACUUUGACACAUUGUAUACAUUGCGACCAAUCACUAUCCAAUGCUCAAUACUAUAACGCGUUCAGUGUCGGUUUUCGAUACAAGUUCAAAGAAGAGGGGAAUGAAAGGGGAGUGCCCGUCGGCACAACGCCGCGCUCGCACCACACAUUGGUGUCUGCCGUUUGUGUUCUAAUGAAUGCUUUUAGCUUCACCAUUGUUGAAGUAAAAAGAAAAGAAAGUCGUUAAUAACGAUAAAUAAUAAAUUAUCGUCCAUCGUCUUCGCUCCUCUGAAGCUGCAGCUAGGGCUGGCGCUCAUUGCGCCGCAUUUUGCUGUUUCCAUUGUUUAAUUAUAAAGUUGACAUUGAAGCCAAUGUAUAGUGCAGUUGUUUGCAUCAUUUCAAAAUAUAGCCUAUAUUGGACGCAAAGUUAAAUCCAAGGUGUGGCCCCGGCAUUAACGCUCAAUGAUUACAUUGGUCUACAGACUUUUUUUUAUCGAAUUCGAUUACGUAUCAAAUAUUCUACAAAAAAUUAUAUAUUUCACCUGUAGGAGGAAAUGCUGUAGACCAGUGUUAUUAAUGACCAAGUAAGCGUAAGCGAAGGAUUCGAAUCACGAGCGUAAGCCAGUGAAUCAAAAGAGUACGUGGGGAAAAAUCUUUGCGCUCGAGUGCAUAAUACGCACAUAACUUACUAAAUGCAAAAAAAAUAAAACGCAAUAAAAACUCGAAUACUUAAUUA